GUUGGUAUCCCCGAGCCCCGCCACACGCUCCUCCCUCCCGCCCAUCACCCAGCGCUCUCUCUGCAGGGAGCCUGGCGGCAGCAGCGCAGCGGCGAUGACCUCGCAGCUGUUCAAAACCUUCGGGAAGGAUAAGGUGUCGGGGCACAGCCAGCUGAAGGCCUCGGCGCAGCGCGCCAUCAGAGGGAGGAUAAUAGAGGACUACCCGUACCUCUCUGAGACGGGAGUGAUCGACGUGAUUCUGCCCAAGAAGCAGGACCUCGUGCUCAUCAAGCUCCCAGAGUAUGUGCAGCUGCUGGUGCUGGACAAAACGCCGCUCUUCUUCAGCAUGCGGGACGGGCCCUGGUUCCCCACGCUGCGGCUGCUGCACCAGUACCCCGACAUGAUGCCCAAGCUGCGGGCGGACUUGGGGGCCAUCAAGUUUGUGCUGAGCGGCGCCAACAUCAUGGCCCCAGGCCUCACCUCGCCGGGGGCCACGAUACACGACGAGGUGGAGGAGGGGCGGGCGGUGGCGAUCUAUGCUGAGGGCAAGGAGCACGCCAUGGCGGUAGGAUACACCAAGAUGUCCACGGCGCAGAUGCGGGAGCUGAACAAGGGGAUUGGAGUAGACAACCUGCACUACCUCACAGACGGCCUAUGGAACACGCCCACGGUCGCAUGACGGCACGCGGCAGGCGGCAUGUUGUUUCGUUUAACUCGCAUCGUGAGCCCGCAUGAUGCGGCUAUUGUAACAUCGUGACCAUCGUCACGCCAUCAAGAUGAACUGAACUGUUGUGGAUUCCUAAAAUAGUUAGAAGGAAAACUGCAAACGAUGCCAUUAACAUAUUGCGGUGCGGCA